AUGUUGACGGCUCCGCCACCGCCAUCAAUCGGCGUGAGCAAGGACCUGGUCGACGACCUUAACAAGAAUCAAGGGCCGCCCACACUAGCCAACCUGGAUGCACAGUCUUCAGCCAACAAUGGUAGCCACAGAACCGAUGUCUCAGGCGGCCUGGGCACGAUGGGCGUGGGCGGCAGCGACUCGGACAAGUCAGUGAAACCGAAACGCCACCGGACCAGAUUCACGCCCGCGCAGCUGAACGAACUGGAGAGAUCCUUCGCCAAGACGCAUUAUCCGGAUAUUUUCAUGAGGGAGGAGCUGGCCAUGAGGAUCGGACUGACGGAGAGCAGAGUCCAGGUCUGGUUCCAGAACCGCCGCGCCAAAUGGAAGAAGAGGAAGAAGAGCAGUUCCGUCUUCCGUUCUGCCGGUUCCCUCCUUCCCUCCCCUUCCCUCCCUCCCUUCCCUCCCAUGGGCGGCGACUCCUUCUGCGGGUCAAUGUUCCCUUCCUCAGAUACGCGCUGGACCAUGGGAGGCAUGCGCCAGGGACUCGGCCAGCUGGGCCAGGGAAGCAUGAGCAUCACUCAAUCCUUCAGCCAGUCUCUCGGCCAGGGCUUCGGCCAGGGUCUCGGCCAGGGCUUCGGUCAGGGAUUGGGACAAGGGUUAGGUUUAGGACAAGGCCAAGGACUCGGGCUGGGUCAGGGCCAGGGGCUGGGUCAGGGGCUGGGUCAGGGACUGGGUCAGGGACUGGGUCAGGGGUUGGGAGGGUCGACGUCGCCGCUGCCGUCGGGGCUCUCGAACAUGGGCGGGUCUCCCCCGACGUCUAUGUAUCAGCCUCACUACCAAGCUUUCUCCUCACUCAACAACGCCUUGGGUGAGUACGCAGGAUCACCACUAAACUCCCCAGGUCUCCCCAACGGCUUAGGUUCCCCAGCAACACCCCCCCACAGCGGUUCGUCCUCCCCGGCCACACAGCAGCAACAGCAGUCCCAACAACAACAGCUCAGCGGAGAUCUGCAGCAGAACUGUGGCAUGGGGUCGAUGGGCAUGGGCAUGGGCGUGGGCAUGGGCGGCGAGGACAUGUGGAGAGGGUCGAGUAUCGCCCAGCUACGGCGUCGGGCUUUUGAACACUCCGCCUCCAUGGCCGUCUUCAGGAACAUUGCAGCGGACACUUUGGACGAUCGAUAUCAGGCAACACCGCAUGAGGCCGAUCUGUUCCACAACGAUGAACACUUUAGACUUUACCUGUGUACCCAGUUCAAUAUUACAGGGGAAAAGAUAUAA